UCCCCGUCACCACCCGUCACGAGAGUCGUGAACGAACACCUGAGUAUAAUUUUCCGUCUGAGGAUGGCCGCGAUGUUGUCCAACUGUCCGCGGCUUGUGCCUCGUGUUUUAACGCGAAUUAGUGUAUCACGAACGAAGGUUGUGAGGUCUUUCAGUAGUCAAGGGUGCAUACUAUUUAUCCACACCGAACAUGUGAUCAACAAGAGUUCUCGAUUGUGUACAAAAUAUAAGAAAUUUCACUGUUGGAUAGAGCAGGCAAGACAUAUUCAUUCAACAUCAUCAUUAUGGGAAUUAAAGGAAGUUGUUGUACCGGCGUUCGCGGAAAGCGUAAGCGAAGGGGACGUAAGAUGGGAAAGGAAAGUAGGUGACCAAGUUAAAGAAGAUGAUGUUUUAUGUGAAAUUGAAACAGAUAAGACUUCAGUUCCUGUACCAUCACCUGGUGCUGGUGUUAUCAAAGAAAUUUUUGCAAAAGAUGGAGAAACUGUGAAACCAGGACAGAAAUUAUGUACCCUCGACAUUGGUGCUACUGGUGGCGCUGUACCAGCAGCUGAAGCUCCAAAACCUUCUGUAGAAACACCUCCUCCUUCUACAGCCGCUCCUCCGCCACCCCCACCUCCUCCACCUCCAUCUGCAGCACCUGCCCCUUCAGCUGUACCACCUCCAGCAGCCAGACCUCCUCCUCCACAAGCACCUGCAGCCUCUAUGCCAGUUGCUGCAAUCAAACAUGCCCAGUCCCUAGAAGGUGCCAAAGUUCAACUACCUCCUUCUGAUUACACACGAGAAAUACUUGGUACGAGGACAGAGCAACGCGUAAAAAUGAAUAGAAUGAGAUUACGCAUCGCGGAACGAUUAAAAGAUGCUCAAAACACGAACGCUAUGUUAACAACAUUUAAUGAAGUCGAUAUGAGUCGCCUGAUAGACUUCCGUAAAACGAAUCAAGAAGGUUUCACGAAGAAAUACGGUCUGAAGCUUGGAUUCAUGAGUCCAUUCAUUGCAGCAAGUGCCUACGCUUUGAAGGAUCAGCCAGUAGUGAAUGCUGUAAUAGAUAGCACUGACAUAGUUUAUAGAGACUAUGUCGAUGUCAGUGUUGCGGUUGCAACACCGAAGGGUCUUGUCGUACCGGUUCUUCGUAGCGUAGAGAACAAGAACUUCGCUGAGAUUGAGAUUGCUCUGGCUGCCAUAAGCGAUAAAGCGAGGAAAGGUAAAAUAUCCGUAGAAGACAUGGACGGUGGAACGUUUACAAUAAGUAACGGCGGUGUUUUCGGUUCUCUCAUGGGAACGCCCAUAAUUAAUCCACCACAAAGUGCCAUUCUUGGAAUGCACGGAGUGUUUGAUAGACCUGUUGCAGUAAAGGGCCAGGUUGUAAUUCGUCCAAUGAUGUACAUAGCUUUAACGUACGAUCAUCGAUUAAUUGACGGACGUGAGGCUGUGUUGUUCUUAAGAAAGAUCAAGGAAGCCGUGGAAGAUCCCAGGAUCAUCAUAGCUGGCCUUUAAACACCGUAAAACACUUUCAUUGAAUCGCUUCGAAUACGCCUCUCAUCACUUCCAGAAACGUUUUUCUACACGUUGUAUUAUAUUUUGUUCAUCUAGGCUUUUACUUACAAACCGAAGAUAUUCCGGAAUAUACUUACGAAUCAUUGUGAUAAGUGAGAGUGAAGAGAAAAUAGGAUUACGAGAUAACAUCUGACACGUUUGUACUCGAAGACUUCACAUUGUCGAAGUAUUAUUUCAAUCAGUUCGUAUUUCAGUAUUCAACACAGAGAUUACUAUGACACGCGUUACGAUUUAAUUAAACCGAUACGUUCUUUCGUAUAAUAUUUCCAUGCUUGAACCAAAAACGCCAUAUACAAGAAUUGUAUUUGCAUGAAGAAAGCAAAGGUAUUUU